AUGGUUUGGAGAUUAAGUCCGUUAAGACUGGAUUUUAGGGGUUGUGGUCCAACUGUCUGGCCCAAGCGAUGGGUGGAGAUGUCUGACAAGUGGAGGCACUCUUCUGGUUCUUCGCAGUGUUAUAGCCUUGCAGCUUUUAUUUGUUGGACUCUUUGGAAAUGCAGAAAUGAUCUUCUCUUUAAUCAUUGCCGAUGGGAUCCUUUUGAGGCAUCACAAAAAGCUCUUACCGAUUUCUUUGAAUAUCAAGAGAUUCUACGACAAUCUCAAUCCAUGUCUUUUCCUUCUCCUUCUUCCUUAUCGGUUCAUCCUCCUUUGCAGUGGCGCCCUCCGCCGUUGGGAUUUCUCAAACUCAAUUUUGAAGUGGGUUUUAAUCAAGCCAGACAAUUUUGCGGUGGUUGGAUGAUUCUGCGCAACCAUCUAGGACAGCCGGUUAAGGUGGCAUCUGUUUUCCUCUCUCAUGUUGGGGGUCCCUGUUUGGCUGAGGGUCUUGUGCUACGUGAAUGUCUUUCUUUGUUACAUUUAUGGGGCUAUCAAAACGUGAUUAUUGAAGGGGUUUGCCAACAAGUGAUGUGGCUGAAGCCUUCAGUUGCAGCUUUAUAUGUGGUUUUUCAAGAUGUCUCUAUUCUUCUUUCUGUAUGUAAGGGGUCCUCUUUAGCUUAG